CGCAACCUCGCGCUUAGCUAGUCGUGUUCACGGCGUCACACGAAAAGCACGCGCGGCUGUCCUUAGAACCGGCACCCGAAUAAUGUUUCAGUGUUUGACAAACUCAAUCGGAGGUCUCGGAAGAAGUACCGUAUUUAAUUUACACUGUAUAACCAAUCGCAUAUUCUCAGUGAGUGUUACGCAGUGUGUACGGAAAAAACUUUGUCGAAGAUUCUGAAGAAUCUUGUGUAAAAUUGUGUAAUUCGCCGGCUGCAGCCGGAUUGCGUUUUGCACAAAACUUUUUGGCGGUGUGCGUGCAACAAUCGCGCGCAUCGUCCCUGUGAUAAGAGGGCCCUGUGAUAUCGACGAGUUCGUCUUAGCUUUAAAACUAGUUAGCAUUUAGGUAUACUUUAAAAAUGUCGCCACCAAUCGACGCUCAUAUACUCCAGUUCGACGUUUGGGAGUCGCUGGACGAAGAAUCAAUGAACUUGACACAAACUUCAGAAUUCUGGACACAAGUGCAAUACGAAGCCGAGAGAUUAGACUUAGUCCCACCGGCUAAUUUCACUAACUUACUACAAGAAAGCGAAGGGGAUUGGAGGAUAACGGAGACUCCGGAAGAGCACAAGGACAAUAUCGUGCACCACGAUUGCAUGUGGGCUGGAUCAUGUAUAGAUUCGGGGCAUCCGAAUACGUUCGUUCCAACCGACUUGACAACGGCUGCGCCUGGGCAGAGUGUCCUUCGGAGAGACAUGUCGCCGGCCCGGCCUGACACGCCGCCCUCGCUGGACGGCGAUGAGCCUCCGCAGUUCCGACACGCCGUGGACGUCGCCGGCACCGCUCUGAGACUCCUCCGAGAUUCUGCAGCUGUGGCAGCCGACCAUUCGUACACGCUCGCCCGCCAACAUUUCGACUACCUAGGCGUUCAAACUCCAUCAGACUCUGGCGAAUCAGAGGAAGAAAUCGAUGUGGUAUCGCUCGGAACGUCACACCAGCCUUUGGCUUCAACGUCCCAUGUACGCGUGGAUUGCUAUCCGCGCGUAUCUUCGGCUCCCGAAAGACACCACAUACAGUCUUCGGUGGAAGUGAACAUGACUCCCAGACCGGUAGCUAGAAAACGUUUAAUACCACCUACAGGCGUCACCGCUGCUUCGGUGCCCCGGCGGCGGAGAGGCCCCGGCAGACGCGGACGAUCAAACACUGACACUGACUCGGAAGCCGAGUCUCCCGAGAUCGAACGCCGCUCCAUACACAACGAUAUGGAACGCCUACGGCGGAUCGGCCUCAAAAAUCUCUUUGACGAACUUAAAAAGCAAAUACCGGCGACGAGAGACAAGGAUCGCGCGCCGAAAGUGGUGAUCUUGCGCGAGGCGGCCGCUCUGUGUCGCAAACUUCGGGAAGAAGAACUGGAGCGCGAAUAUCUUAAAAAGCAGCAGAACAAAUUGAUCACCAAGCUGAAGAAACUGCGCACGAUGCUGUCGGCGCGCUACCGCCCGUACUGAGCGCGCGCUCGACCCGCGUAGGUAAUAGUUUCUUGAGAGCCGCGGUCUUCCGUGUGACGCGUAUGGACUGACUUACCUUCUUUGGCGAACGAUCCCAUCCCGUUCAAUUUUGUACAAUAUAUUUGUAACAUAACGACGACGAUCAUUCUUCGAGUGUGUAUCGAUAUAGGUCGAGCGGGAGUUUGAAUCGUUUGUUAAAUAUUGUAUUUAAUCAGCUUUUACGGCUUACUCUGCUUCUGUGGAUCGCGUGUAAAGUAAAGUUAGCUGAGCAGCAAUAACUGUGGGUUUGAUUUGCUCAAACGAUGUAUUGCGGUGCCAAAGUGAGCCAUAAAGCUGUUGUUGAUAAAUCCUAAGUCUUCAGUGAAAUAUUCUUAAAUAGUAACAGACUGCUUCGUAAACUAGUAGACUGGUUUUACCUCUGAAAUGUUUUUUUGAAUCAUUAAUAAUAUAAUAGUUGACAGAACGGAUACAGAUUAUUUGAUGUUGACUACUUAACCGACAUACAAUGACGUAAGUUUUUCUAUUGGGAAUAGCUGGUUCAGGCAGCGGUGGGGCGUGUGGCAGUCUGUAUAAUUAACAACGCUGUACAUAAGAUCGGUAGUGACAUAGUCUGGAGUUAGGCUGGCUGGAGUUUGUUGGCUUUACGGAUAGCUGUUGUGGAGGCGCUGGCCAUUAUAUAUGUUUUCGGCCCGGUUCGUAGGAAUUUUCUCUUUAAUCCCAUACCUCGCUUGUUGGGCGAGACGGGUAGUGAUGUCAAUAUUGUUUUAACUUGAUAUUAUUAUAAGUCUAAACUACUUAGAUUAGUUCGCUUAUGGUUUUGUAGUGUUUUUGUUAUCUGUAAAUUUUAACAAUUUUACAUGUUUUUUAAAUGUUAGUCGCGCAAUUAACUCUGAUUCACUUAACACCAUAUAAAUUUUGGACCAUAGUAAGCAAUAAUUAUAGAUUUUAUAAAUUGCACCGCCCUUAUAUGCAUUUUAUACAUAAUUAAGUUAAUAUUUUAUAAUAAUGAUCGACUCGAGCACGCGUAUGUCAAUAAAAUUUCGAGUUUUAUAAUGCCAUAGACAAUUUGAUUUUACUGUCGUGGCACAGAUUAAUAAUUUAUGUCAAUGAGACAAAAUAAAGGGUCCGAGGUGGAAUUUAAUAUGCGUGUUAAAAUGUAUUAUCAUUGCAUUCUCAUUAUUAUCCAUUGUAACAUCGUGUAAGUGUAUUCGAACUUUAUUUUACAAAACUAAAGUUUAUAUUAUGUAACAUGAUAAUAUAUUGAUAUUCAUUUAUUUUUACGCUAAUAUUCCAGUGAUUAAACCAGUGAAUUAUAAUCUCAGUGACAAAUGUCCGUUUAAAUAGACUGUGUAUUUUGAUAACAACAUCAAAACCUACGUUUGCAGGUGACCCGAAUAGGGUUCUAACAUAAAAUAACCACGAAAUAGUUCCUCAUAGUACCUACUAAUAGAAAAUUUUGCAUUUUCUUUUUUUAUUAUAUAAUAUUUUUAUUGCAGUAAGUUAGUGUAUCGCGAUAGUUAAGAUAAAGUCGAUAAAGCCUGGCCGGAAAGGGUCGCUGGCUUGGCAUAGUGUAAAGGAGCGAAGAUUUGUUAUUGUUUCUGGUCAGGCUUUGAACAGGUUGAUGUUUUAUCAAGCACAUGGUCAACAGAUAUGUAAAUUUGAAGGCUUUAAUUGUGUGCGGAAUGUGCCUUGCUAUGUACAUAUAUUAUAUAAAAAUAAUAAUAUUAGGUUUAUACUCGAAUUAGUUGCAAGAAAUAUUUUUUGUGAGAAAUAUUAUCUUAGUGAUAGCGUUGUUCUUAUAAGUAGCACACGAAGAGGUUUAAUAGGUAUCGUGUUAAAGAUUCGCAGUUUAUCUUCCAGUAGAUGUAAAGUGUACAUAAUAGGGUUAUAGGACGUAGGUGUAUUUCAUCUUUUUUUAUAUUAACAAGUAUUUUUUUUUUCUAGUAAUUGUUUUAAUUUUUUUUUUCAUAACUGGAGAGUUACGAAUUCUCGAAUGUUGUACCUGCAUUUAAUUUUUUUUGUUAAUCUUGACAUAAAUAAUAAAGAUAGAUGAUUUAGUUAUUUGAAAAUAACAUUGGUUUCUUUGUGGUGAUAACGUUUUGAAAAAUAGUUUUUACGUAAGAAAAAGUCAGUAGUUAACGGUUAAUGAUAAGGGAAGCCAGCUUUAUAAUCGCUAGUAACAGAUCAAGAUAAUUUUAAACGAACGAAUCAAUGCACGUUAUUGUCAAGGCACAUUUCCAACACUGCCAAACGAAAUAGAGAAAUAAAUCUUACAUAGCAACUUCGUUUGUAUAUUUUAUAAUUAAGAUUGGGAUGAUUAAGUCAUGUUAUAGUUUAAUUUUUAUUACAUUUUUUCUUGUAAAGUAUCCGUAUGUAAGAUCUAACCGUCGUUUGCUCGAAGGGACCAGUCGAAGGGGUGUAUAAUUAUUUUAUUUGAGAGUCGAUUGGUGUGUUUAAAGAUGGAGGCCUCUGGCCAAUGGUGCGUUAGAUGCGCAGGCGACGGUUGUACGCACGUCGCUACAGAGAAUGCAAGGCGCAAAAUAGAUUCCGCCUAAUAUUAAUGUUGCACUUUGCAAUCUUUGAAGCGACGUUUUAAUUAUCCAUGAUAAUGUGUACUUACCACGUCCUGAGUUUUUUGGAUACUAUUAUUAUGAGGAGAAAAGUUUUUUUUUUUGGUUUUUGUUCCUUAAUUAUUUGUAUCAAAAACAUUAAGAUAAUCAUUAAAUAUGAUAAUAAAUGAAGGUCGGACGAAAGCAGAGCUCGGAAGCAGUUGGCUAUUGAUUGUGAUUUUUAUGUUUUUGGUGUAGUUUGGGGUAAGGCUAAAUUAGCGUGUAGAUUCUGUGAUUUUAUGUACCUGUGUGGUACGAUGGGAAGUGUUUCCUAAACUCUGCUUUUUUCGGCUGCAAAAAAAAAUA